UUCAAAUUUCACUUCAUUUUCGACUUUACUGUUUAAAUUGCCGCCCCUCUUUCAUUUCACAAAAUCACCAUUUCACCUCUUUCACAAAAUCAAUUCCCGUUGAUUUUCCUCCAUUUCACCGGAUCAAUCCUUCGAAGGUAUUUGACAAAAUGGCUGUGUCACGAGAUCGGCUAUCGAGGCAGGAUGGCAUCAUAGCAUCUUACAGCCAAAGGAGAGUUUCAAGGAACAUUGGAAGGGGGAAUCCGAUACCUUUUGUUCUUGUGGAUGAUAAUGAGGAAGGGAUAGAUGCAAGGACUCCAUUCCGGUGGAGAGAUACGACGAUGGCUGGUAAUGCUGGAUCCCCGAUAUUUAGGGCUCAGAACUUGUCACAUUUGGUGGGGAGUGGUCGUAGCCGUGUGGGUGGUUUUGGUACUCCGAGUAUAAGGCGCUUUGGAAGGCUGGCAGGGUCGGAGAACUUGGGAAGUAGCCGUGGCCGUGGAGGUGCAUUGCCUGCUUGGUAUCCCAGAAAGCCUCUCAAUGACAUUACUGCUGUAGUGAAGGCAUUUGAAAGAAGAAGAAGAAGGGAGCAACGAGGAGGUGGCGAAGGCCUACAAACAGCAGCUCGUAUUCAACCUAGCACGCCAAGUGCUCAUCUUGAGCAAAACAAAGCUAUGCUUUUGCCGGUUUUGUAUAGGCCAAGAAGCAUAGGCAAAGUUACCAAGAUAUUGCUCGAUAUCACGCAUCAAGAGGGGGGAGACGCAGCAGCUUGUUUGACGCCGCAGAAGAAGCUCUUGAACAGUAUUGAUGUAGUUGAGAGGGUGGUGAUGGAGGAGCUCCAGAAGAUGAAGAGGACUCCAUCUGCCAAGAGGGCCGAGAGGGAGAAAAGGGUCCGGACUUUGAUGUCCAUGCGCUGAGCCUGAGAGGAAAGCUCGUUUGGAAUCGAUUAAAGCUCGUUUGGUCUCUCAACCAAGGUUGAGAUCAAAUGAUUUUGGUCAUAAACUGAUGAUCCAAUUCUUGAGAAUUUUUUUUGUAGGGUCAUUUCUUGAGGACAAGAUACUAGUAGUUGUGUUGAUAUGUUUGUAGCUUUUCUCAUGCUACAAAUCACAUUUCAUAUUCAUUUCUGAUUAGGUUCAGUUUUAGAGAAGCAUCGAUCAUAUGCAUAUGAAUUCUAUUCCAAAGAGAUGUAAAUAAAGGUUUUGUGGCUAUGUUGUAGAACAUGAAUGUUUAAACA